AUGAAGCCUUGUAUAUAUUUAUUAGGGUUGGCUAUCCAUUUUUCCACAGUCAACACUAUAGAAAAUAUAUCUCUGUUACGCUUCAAAGAUUCUCUCGUUUCCGAUGACAACUACGGUACAACCCCCUCUUUAAUGCUUUGGAGCAAACACAACCGCACUACUAGGAAAGAUACUAAUAGUGCUACUAAGGUUCAUAAACCUUUGAAGGUCAUAAAAUCUACUAAAGUAACCAUGCCUACUAAUAGUAAACAUGGGCGAUCUGUUCAUAAACGUUCCCUAAAGAAGAGAUCUAAUCACAGGUUCACUCAAAUAAAAAGCCAAGACUUACCACCAAAUAUCGUGAAAUCGGUAGAUGAUAAAUCAGAAAAUGAAGAUUCUGCCAUGGAAAAAAUUGGUGAUAAAUCUGAUGAUGUGAAAAGCGAAUCUGCCGGAAGUGAAUACAACAAUGAAAACAAGGAAUCUUCGGUAGACGACAAAUCAGCCCAAACUGAUGAAAAUAGUUUGGAAAAGUCGCAGGAAAAUAAAGAAGAAAAUGAUAUUAAAGAUAAUUCAGCCCAUGAAAAUUAUGAGGAAGAGGAAGAGGAAGAGGAAGAGGAAGAGGAGGGGGAUAAAAAACAUCAUGACAAAAACAAUACGUCACAAGACGAAUCUGAAAAAGGUGUAGAUGAUGAGGAGUAUAACAAACACCAUGACAAAAACAAUAAGUCACGAGAAGAAGCUGGAAAAAGUGUAGAUGAUAAAAAAUCGCAUAAUGAAGAUGCUAAAGCCAAAGAUGACACCAACAAUCCCAUUGUCAGUCCCGCAAAUGGAGACAAAGUACAGGCAUAUGUACCAUCAGAUACUUUACCAGCAGAUCAGAUUUUACCGUGUAGCGCCCUUGACAAUGAUUUAGGUUUAGAUUCAACAGAUUCCAGUGAGGAUUCCAAACCCAAUAAUGACAGCAGUAAUAGUAAUAGUAAGGACGAAAAAACUGAAAGCGAGAUUGAAGACGGAAAUGAGGAGGAGAAAGAAGGAGGGGAAGACGAUGAUAGUUGGUAA